CGCUGCAUCCUGGAGGUGGCCGUGCCCUCAGCGCCCCAUUGUGUCUGCGCUUAACUUUUGUCUUGGACCUAACGGAGGGACGGCCUGGAGUUUAGUUUCGGUGUAUACUUGGUUGGGAUGUUGUUCACUGAUGGACUCUUCUAGUACCAGGAGGGAAAGUCGGGAAAUGUUGACUUGUUAGGUUGUAGAACGGAAAGACAUACUCGACCCAAGACAGAAACCAACAGAUUUAACGGAAAGAAGCGCUACACUUAAGUGAUUGUAGUGACUUAUAUUCCGGCUCCCUAGGUUCACCUCAUCAGUUGUGAAAUAACUAGGCCUCAAGCAUGGUUUUCUUGGUGCUUGCGUCAGUUGCUUGCAUCAUGCCUGAGUGAAGACAUGCGGAUGCGAGGGGAAGAAAAGGUCCAGAGCUACUCCAAAGUGCGUGCCUGCAAGACACAGACGUGUGCAUCGCAAAACGCGCUUACUGGGCUUUGGAGAUCAUAUUCACUGGAGGACAUUAGAAGACGGGAAGAAAGAAGCAGCAGCAAGGGCAAUCAUAUUUUCUUAGGCCUAUAACAUAUGGUGUAAAUAACUGAUGCCAUCUAAUCUCCGUGUCUGCUUUCUGAGAAUUUGGUCCAUGAACCGGACGAUUUGGCGUUCCCGUUUCCAUAGAAACAAGCGCUCGCGUAGGAAAAACAGGACGUUCGGGUUUCACUUCCGGUUCAUGCCGGAAGUUGACUCGACCGUCCGCACAUGGAUGGCCUUAGGGAGGAUGCCGCUCGUGGUGUUUUGUGGGCUGCCGUCGAGCGGCAAGAGCCAGAGGACUGAAGAGUUACUCCGGGCGCUGACCGGCGAGGGCCGAACGGUGUACGUGGUGGAUGACGCUUCCGUGCUGGGCGAUCAGGACGCGACGGUGACGGCGUAUGGCGACCCGGCCCGUGAGAAGGCGCUGCGUGCGGCGCUGCGGGCCGCGGUGGAGCGGCGCCUGAGCCGGCAGGACGUGGUCAUCCUGGACUCCCUCAACUACAUCAAGGGCUUCCGCUACGAGCUGUACUGCCUCGCGCGGGCCGCGCGCACCCCGCUCUGUCUGGUUUACUGCAUACGCCCGGUCUGGCCGAGCCCUAGACCUCAGGGGGCUGCUGCCGCUGAGAACCGCGACCCGGCGGCUGUCAGUGUGAGCUGGAGGCCGCGCGCCGAGAGGGGCGAGAAACCUCAGGUGGCCGGCGCCGUGGGGGAACAGCGCCCCUCCAGCCUGUUAGCAAAUGGGUCAGCCCUGCCGGCUGUCCCCAGGGAACUGGAUCCGGAGGAAAUACUGCCAUCAAAUCCUCCAGCGGGAGUAACUCCGGAGCCCGAAAAGUCUGCGAAGCCUGCUUCCCAUGCCUUUCCUCCCGAACUUUUGGAGUCCUUAGCGCAGCGCUUUGAGGCUCCUGACUCUCGGAACCGCUGGGAUCGACCAUUGUUCACCGUGGUGGGCUUUGAAGAGCCAUUGCCCCUAGCUGAGAUCCGAUCUGCGCUGUUCGAGAACAGGGCGCCCCCGCCCCAUCAGUCUACGCAGUCCCAGCCCCUAUCCUCUGGCAACUUUCUGCACCAGCUGGACCAGGCCACGAGCCAGGUGUUGGCUGCUCUGAUGGAAGCACAGAAGGGCGCUGUACCCGGAGACGUGUUAAAACUUCCGGGCACCACGGAGCACCUCCUGUUUACCCGGCCCUUGACUAUGGCGGAACUGAGUCGUCUCCGUCGCCAGUUUAUUUCCUACACAAAAAUGCAUCCCAACAACGAGAACCUACCUCAGCUGUCCAAUAUGUUUCUUCAGUAUCUGAGUCAAAAUUUGCUCUAAUAGAGGCACUGAGAGGCGACGAUGGUUCCUUUCUAAAUUCCACUGUACUUUGUCCGGGAGGAAUAGUGUGAAGUUCUACAGAGCCUACUGCAGUACUAGGAUUGCUAGGGUUGACUGACUCAUUUUCCUGGCUGCCGCUGAUCGUGCGCCCGCGUGUAUAGCGUAAGCUAAGACGUAGGAGUAGUAGCUCCAGAUAUCUCAGGUGGGCGGUUUUUCUUAGGUUGAACUCUGCCUGGGGAUAUUACAUCUGGAUGGAGGAGAAUUGUUUUAAGUCAACUGUGAGUAGAAGACGAAGAUGAUACUGUUUUGUAUGGCCCUUUCAUACUACAAAUAUAUUUGAGUACAGUACUUCUUGCUAUCUAUCCUGCAACAUCGAGCACAGAUACGUUUUUUGUUCUGGGAAACUGAUAUUUGUAUAAGACAACCAUUAGUUAUUUCCUCUAAUAAAAUUUUUCAAAGUUG